ACAACCAAAAUCAAUCACCUCGCCUCGCCCCGUCGUCAACCUCGCCGCCUACCAUCCCAGAGAGAAUUCCCCCAGACAACCACCAGUCCACCGCCGCCGACGAGCCCCGGGCCGCGCAUGGAGCUGUUCGCGCACGCCAAGGCGGUGCGGCUGAAGAGCCGGCACGACAAGUUCCUGUACGCGGACGAGGACGAGCUGCACGUCACUCAGGACCGCAACGGCUCCUCCCCGAGCGCGCGCUGGACGGUGGAGCCCGUGCCGCACGCGCCCGGCGCGGUGCGCCUCCGCAGCAGGUACGGCCGCUACCUGGCCGCCUCCACCGAGCCCUUCCUGCUGGGCAUGACCGGCCGCAAGGUGCUGCAGGCGGCGGCGGCGCCCGGGGGCCGCCCCGACGCGUCCGUCGAGUGGGAGCCCGUCCGCGACGGCUUCCAGGUGCGCCUCAAGUCCCGCGCCGGCGGCGUCCGCGGGGGCGGGGACAAGUACCUCCGCGCCAACGGGGGCGUCCCGCCCUGGCGCAACUCGGUCACCCACGACGUGCCGCACCGCACCGCCACCCAGGAAUGGGUGCUCUGGGACGUCGAGAUCGUGCAGGUGCUCACCCCCGGCCCGGCCACGCCCGCGCCGGAGAAGGCCGCGUCGGCGCCCCCCGCCGCCCUCGCGCCCGACUCGCCGCCCGCGCCCAAGCUCAGGCCCGCCCCCACGCCCUACGAGGCGCACCACCGGCCCACCAAGUCCCAGACCUCCCCGCCGCCGCCGGACUACGCGCCGCCCCCGCCGCCCAAGCCCAAGCCGGAGCCCAGGCUGUCCAAGCUGGAGUCUUCCGAUUCUUUCUCCGCCCCGUUGCACAAGGUUCAGGGCCGUGCGAUCCACUACCACAUUGCAGACGAUAAGGGCGACGUGGACGAGGAUACCGAGAGACGCUCAUUCACGUUUAAUGGUUCCAACCUUGAGGAGCUCACCCAGAAGUUACAAGAGGAAACGGGCAUCGAUGAUCUGAUCGUCUGCACGCGCAGCCCUAUCAGCGGGAAGCUCACUCCUCUCCUUCUGCAGCUGCCUCCGAACAAUGCAGCGAUGCACAUUGUGCUUGUCCGUGAGUCCUCAAAAGUGGCGAAGACAUUUCCAUGGCCGUACGGCUCAUAAUCUUUGGAGGGAAGACGCGGUCCCUUAAGGUUGAGCAGUGGGAUGCUGGGCUGCACCUCUGGUUAAUUCAUUGGAACUAUACACCGUUUAUUCUGGCUUAUGGUUAUCAGAAGCAACUAGGAUCCCGUGCUUGUGUGUAUAAAGUGUUAUAGAUUAAUGUAAACCGGCGGAUCUUGCGAAAAAACUGGAGAGAUGUUUAUACUUUACAGACUAGUACUAAGUAUGUUUAUACUUUAUAGACUAGUUGGUACUUGGAAUUUUUUA